AUGGUGAAAAUGGGCAGUUUGGCGCUGAACUCGGAUUUGGGGCCGAAAAAUGCCAAAUUCCGUUCAGAAAUGCUUCACUUCAGUGCUGGGAGCAUCCGGCUUGGGGCUGAAAAUGCCGAAUUUGGGGCUGAAAAUGCCCAGUUUGGGGCUGAAAAUGAGCGACCUGGAUCUGAAAAUGCCCAUUUUGGGUAUGAAGACGCCCGAUUUGGGUCCAAAAAUGCCCAAUUUGGGGCCGAAAACACCCGAUUUGGGGCCGAAAAUGAGCGACCUGGAUCUGAAGAUGUCAGUUUUGGGUCUGAAAACGCCCCAUUUGGGACUGAAAACGCCCGAUUUGGGUCCAAAAAUGCCCAAUUUGGGGCUGAAAAUGAGCGACCUGGAUCUGAAGAUGUCGCCCCGCUUUGCUUCCGAACCCCCCAAACACCCCCCGGCCCCCCAAAUUUGCCCCGACCCGCCCCCAAUCUGCCCCAAUCUGCCCCACAGCCCCGAAUGCUUCGACUCGACCUCCGCCUUCUCCUCCUUCUGCUCCGUGGCUCCUUUCACCGGCGCCCACCGCCCUCGGGGGGGGUCCGAGCCCCCCAACCCCCCCCCCCCACCCCAUCCCCCCCUUCCUCCGACCCCAAAACCGAAGCCUUCGUCCCCAAACUCAACCCGGACGACCCCAAAGCCGUCGACCCCAAACCCAAAAGCCGCAAACGUUUCUCCUUACGCAGCGUGGGCCGAAGCGUCCGCGGGAUUUUACAAUGGAAAACCAACCCCGAAAAUCCACCGGAUCCAAGGAAUCCUUCGACCCAAGGAUCGGGAAACCAAGAAGGGAAUCCUGGGAUCCGAUGGGAUCGGUUACGGAUCGGCAAAGCACGGAGCCCAAGGAGGGGGGGGCUGCCCGGUUUGGUGCUGCCCGAAACCGGGGGUCCCGGGGGGGGGCAGGGGGAGGAGGUGCCGGGUGAUGCUGCGGCGCGAGGCCCACGGCGACGUGCUGGAGCUCUAACGUGCCCCCCAAGGCUCCCCACCCCCCAGCUCUCGGUUCCUUGCUGCUCCCUUUCGGCCGCUUUGAGCCCCGCCGGCCCGGGCCGGGGCCGCUCCGUUCUGCUCCGGCUGCAGAAUUCCCUGGAAGUGGUCCUGGAAGCUCCAGAUGCGGUGACGGCAGCCGCGUGGCUCGGGGACAUCCAGGGCUCCAUCGGGGCCGGCAGCGACGAUCCUCCCCCCCCUCCCCCCCCUCCGGACAUCACGGAGCCAUCAGCCCACGGUGCUUAUGGGGGGCUGGCUGAGCUGCCCCCCCCCGAGCUGCCUCCCCGAGCCCCCAUAGAGGACGGGGAUCCCGAUGGUGCAGUGGGGCUGCUGGAGCACCCCUGGUUCCACGGCACGCUGUCACGGCUGCGCGCGGCGCAGUUGGUGCUGGCAGGCGGCGCCGGGGCGCAUGGCGUUUUCCUGGUGCGGCAGAGCGAGACGCGGCGCGGGGAAUUCGUGCUCACCUUCAACUUCCAGGGCAAGGCCAAGCACCUGCGGCUGUCGCUGAACGAGGAGGCGCAGUGCCGGGUUCAGCACCUCUGGUUCCAGAGCAUCUUCGACAUGCUGGAGCAUUUUCGGGUCCAUCCCAUCCCAUUGGAAUCUGGGGGCACCAGCGACGUCACCCUGGUCAGCUACGUGGUGGCUGCCCAGAGACCCCCGGAUUACCAUGGGACGCCCCCCCCAGGCCGGGAGUGCUCCGGCAGCCGCUGCGACGCCGCCCCUGAGGCCGAGCACCUCUCAUAGGGGGGCCUCGUCGUGGAUUAUGGACCCCCCAAACCGGAGUAAGGCCUCGCACCUCAGAAUUUGGGGACCCCAACCUGGAUUAUGGGCAUCUCAAUCCGGAUUAUGGACACCCCAACC